UUCACUGCUCCGUGUUUUCCUCCGCAGGUGCCUCAGCACGCCGUCGCGCCUCGCAACAUUCUCAAUGGAAAUGUGACUUCUCCGCUUUGGAAGCAGAAAUACAACCGAGGAAUGGACGAAGUUGAAUGAUUUACCCGAGAAAACCAACGUGUCCGGGCGCUGGGAGGAAUGUAGCGACCAGUAAAGACUCUUUCUUCUAAGUAGUUUAUGAUAAAAAAAAAAAAAAAUGGCGCUCGCAAGGUUCAGCAAAAUCCUUCGGCUACCAACAAUUGAGAUUAAGAAGAAAGUGAAGCAGUACGAGCACGUCCAUCGAGACAUCAACCCCAACGACUUGUGGGAGAUAAUCGGCGAGUUGGGCGAUGGGGCGUUUGGGAAGGUUCACAAGGCUCGGAACAGGGAGACGGGGGCUCUGGCUGCGGCCAAAGUGAUCGAGACCAAGAGUGAGGAGGAGCUGGAGGACUACAUGGUGGAGAUCGACAUCCUGGCCAAAUGCAACCACCACUACAUUGUCAAGCUCCUGGACGCCUUCUACCACGAAAACAAACUCUGGAUUAUGAUCGAGUUCUGCCCCGGAGGAGCCGUGGACGCCACCAUGCUCGAGUUGGACCGCGGGCUGACGGAGCCGCAGAUUAAGGUGGUGUGUCGGCAGAUGCUGGAGGCGCUGACGUACCUGCACAGCAUGAAGAUCAUCCACAGAGACCUGAAGGCGGGGAAUAUCCUCCUCAUGCUGGACGGAGACAUCAAGCUAGCUGAUUUUGGGGUGUCUGCCAAAAAUACCAAAACCCUACAAAGGAGAGAUUCCUUCAUCGGAACGCCAUACUGGAUGGCCCCGGAGGUGGUGAUGUGCGAGACCAUGAAGGACGCCCCGUACGACUACAAGGCGGACAUCUGGUCUCUGGGAAUAACGCUCAUUGAGAUGGCCCAGAUCGAGCCGCCGCACCACGAGCUCAACCCCAUGAGGGUCCUGUUGAAGAUCGCCAAGUCGGAACCCCCCACCCUGGAGCAGCCUCACAAAUGGUCAAUGGAGUUCAAAGAUUUCCUGAGGAUAUCGUUGGAUAAAAACCCGGAGACCCGCCCAACUGCAGCGCAGCUCCUGGAGCACCCGUUCGUGAGCUCGGUGAAGUCCAACCGUCCGCUGAUGGAGCUGGUGGCCGAGGCCAAAGCCGAGGUCAUGGAGGAAAUCGAGGACAAUAGAGAGGAAGGAGAGGAGUUCGACGCCAUGGAGCUCACUGUGUCUCCCGAUCAGGAGCCUUGUCAGACCAGUCAGACCAGUUUGGAGGGGGACCACUUGUCCGACUCGCACAGCCCCACCACACCCUCCUCCCCCACCUCGCUGUCCAUCCCUGAGAAGGAAGAGCAGCCGGAGACGCCGACAGAAGAGCAGCCAGGCUCAGCCAUGGUCGCCCCAGUGCCCCUGCCCAGACAGCUCCUCCCUCCCCGAGACCCCAUCGUGGACGACGGAGGCGACACUCCUGAGACGGAGAAGUGCGGAAGUGAAGCUUCUACCAAGACCUCCAGCUCGGAUUCUGGAAUCGAGGAUGGGAAGAUGACCCCGACCUCUGAGGAAGAGAAGGUGACGGUAGAGACCCCACUGAGCGACCACCAGACCUCUCUUGCUCCCUCUGAGGCGUCUGACGAAAGUGAAGACCUGUCUGUGAAAGAAGAACCGACGGUCCAGGUGACCGAGGAGGAACGUAGCGAGCCGGUCAAGAGAGAAGAGCCCAGUCCUCCUACCACUCCAACACCUUCUCCUCCAUCUUCAACUGCUGCUACCCCAGUCCCUGCUUCACGCUCAGGUCUGGAUGGAGACCUGACAAGGACGUCUUCACAGAAGGAGCGGACGGAAGUUCCUGCUGAGAACGUCUCCCCUUACAUCAACGGCGGCAUCAUCAACAAACGGUACUCGAAUUCCAGCAGCAUGGUGUCGGAGAGCAUGGAUCUGUCUGGGAGCAAGGACAUCAUCAGCCUCUCUCCACGGGCCCAUUCGAGGAAGACCUUAAAGAGGACCCGGAAGUAUGUCAUCGACGGGGUGCAGGUGAGCGUCACCACCUCCAAGAUCAUCGGUGAAGACGAGAAGAAAGAUGAAGAGAUGAGGUUCCUCAGGCGCCAGGAGCUGCGUGAGCUGCGUCUGCUGCAGAAGGAGGAGCACCGAGCUCAGGCCGUGCUCAACACCAAGCUGGAGGCUCAGCGCGAGCAGAUGCAGAGGAAGUUCGACCAGGAGAUGCAUGCCAAGAAGAAGCACUUUGACGUGGAGCUGGAAAACUUGGAGAAGCAGCAGAAGCAGAUGAUCGAGAAGAUGGAGGCGGACCACCAUUUCAGGUUGAAGGAGGAAACCAGGCGCAUCAAGUCGGCGCAGGAGCGCGACCUGCAGCGCUUCCACGAUCAGCUCAAGCACAAGAAGAAGGAGGUGAAACAUUCCGUGGACAAACUUCCCAGGAGUCAGCGGAAAGAGUCUCUGAGGCAGAGCAUGCACGCGUACCAGGAGAUGAAGACCCGCGAGGAGGACAAGUUCCUGCUGGCUCAGAGGAACCAUCUGGACACCACGCUGAAGAAAAUCAUCUCCAACAACAAGCAGGAGAUUGCAGCGAUGGAGAGGACCUGCCUGGAGAAGAAGCACCAGCUCAUCCGAGACCGCGAGGCGGCCACCUGGGACAUGGAGGAGAAGAACCUGCACGAGAGGCACCAGCUGCUGCGCCAGCAGCUGAUGGACCAGCACUUCCUGCAGAGGCACCAGCUGGUCAAGAAGCACGAGAAGGAGAUGGACCAGAUGCAGUGCUACAACCAGAGGAUGGUGGAGAUCCUGAAGGCUCGGCAGCAGCAGGAGAAGAGCCGCCUGCCCAAGAUCCAGAGGGGAGAAGCCAAGACCCGCAUGGCCAUGUUCAAGAAGAGCCUGCGCAUCAACUCCUCAGGAAGCUCCUCGGAGGAUCGCGAGAAGAUCAAGCAGUUCUCCCUGCAGGAGGAGCGACGGCAGAAGGUGGAGCGGCAGCAUCAGCAGCAGAAGCACGAGAACCAGCUGAGAGAGAUGCUGGGCCAGUGUGACGCCAACAUCCGGGAGCUGCAGCAGCUGCAGAACGAGAAGCGCCACCUGCUGACGGUGAACGAGACGCAGCGGCUCAAACAGCUGGACCUGCAACACAACCAGCUGCUGAAGGAGUGGAAGGACAAGCUGAAGCCGCGCAAGAAGGCCCUGGAGGACGAGCUCACCAUGACCAAGCGCGACCAGGAGGCCUUCUUCCGGAUGAGCCAGGUGGUCUCCAACCCCAGCUCCCCCAACAAACUCUCCAAGUUCGUGCCUUACCAGGAGCCCAUCGACACGUAGUCGGCUCCCGCUCGCUUCCCCUUUUAAGUAUUUAUGUUUUAACUUAUGCCCCUUUUUAUUUUGGCUGUCGUUCUUUCAUAAUGAACCAAAAAUGAUCAAACUAAACUGAUACAUAUCAGUGACAAAUACUGCCUUAAUCAUUACUUUUCAUUCGUCAUGAUUCAUUUUUAUUCUCCCUCCAAAAAAAACAUUUUAUUUCAUCAAGUAUGAAGGAUUUAUUUUAAUAAAAGGGACGUGUGGUUUACUGUUAUUAUUAUUAUUUAGGAUUGUGUUUUCUUCUUUAUUCUACUGUAAAAUCAGCGACACUGGAUGAAAGUGACAGAAGCCAAAAAAAGGCCUGGGGUUUUUCCAGCUGCUGCGAGGACCUGCCCACCAAGUGCAAUAAUACUGCUCUGUCUCUUCUGUCCUGAAACAAUGUCGGCACUCGGGUCCAGCUCAGUCCAACGGUAUAAAUGGUGUUUCCUGUCGUCUUCCGGCCUCGUUUACAUGGAGUUUAUUUUGUUGUACAGAACUAAUAAAUCAUAUUUUAUAAAGAUGAGCUCCUCGUCACG